CUCCUUCUCUCUCUAUUUAUUCAGAUCAUGAAAUCUUUCGCCUUCCCAUCUCUCUUCUUCCCUCCCCAAUCUUCAACCUCUUCUCUUUCUGCAGCCCGAAAUCCAUGGCCUCCUUCAAGCCCUCCAUUCCCCCCACCAGCGAAUCUUCUACCUCCGGCGAGGUCCACGUCAUCAUGGGUCCCAUGUUUGCCGGCAAAACCACCGCCCUACUCCGCCGGAUCAAGUCGGAGGGAAACAACGGCAGGAAUGUGGCCAUGAUAAAAUCGAGUAAGGAUACGAGAUACGCCAUCGAUUCGGUUGUGACUCAUGAUGGGGUGAAGUUUCCGUGCUGGGCACUGCCUAAUCUGUCGUCGUUUCGGCAGAAUUUUGGUGGAGAUGCUUAUGACAAGCUUGAUGUUAUUGGUAUCGAUGAGGCUCAGUUUUUUGAAGAUCUGUACGAUUUCUGCUGCACGGCUGCUGAUCACGAUGGAAAAACUGUAAUUGUUGCAGGCUUGGAUGGUGAUUACUUGAGGAGGAGCUUUGGCUCGGUGAUUGACGUAAUACCACUUGCUGAUUCUGUGACCAAGUUGACGGCACGAUGUGAAAUGUGUGGCAAACGAGCUUUCUUUACCCUGAGGAAGACGGAGGAGACAAGGACAGAACUGAUUGGCGGUGCUGAUGUCUACAUGCCUGUGUGUCGCCAACAUUAUGUCAAUGGACAAGUUCUCAUUAAAACUGCAAGAAGUGUAGUGGAGUCCCAUAUAUUUAAGAGUGUGAGUGACACAUUUUCUGAAGCAACUCCAGUCGUUUAGUGGCAAUAAUAGAUCUUUCACAGCCUAGUAUGUCGUUCGUUUGCUAUGUAUUUGAAUCAGGCAAUUGGCUUUAUCGCCUGCUGUUGUAGUCUAACCAUAUGGAGUUUGGACCCUAACAAGGUUUUGUUGGAAUGCAGUUGGAUGUAUCUCUUCUUGUUAUGUUAAUAGACCGAAGUUUGCUUUAAUGCACCA